GGCGAGCAGCGAGCGGGGUGGCCACCGGGACGGCGACCAGGUGAAGGAGCCCCUCAGGCUGGCACCAUGACAGAGUGCUUCGACUGUGACAACUGCAAGGAGUCCUUGUAUGGGCGCAAGUACAUCCAGAUGGACAAUGGCCCCUACUGCAUCCCCUGCUACGACGCCCACUUCGCCAACACCUGCGACGAGUGCAAGGAGCUGAUCGGCCACGACUGCAGGGAGCUGUACUACGAGGACCGCCAUUACCACGAGCACUGCUUCCGCUGCUUCCGCUGCGACCGCUCUCUGGCCGACGAGCCCUUCACCUGCCAGGGCGAGGAGCUGCUCUGCAAUGACUGCUACUGCAGCGAGUUCUCCUCCAAGUGCGUCGCCUGCGAGAAGACGGUCAUGCCAGGGUCCCGUAAGCUGGAGUACAACGGGCAAACCUGGCACGAGCACUGCUUCAUAUGCAGCAGCUGCCAGCAGCCCAUCGGGUCACGGUCCUUCAUCCCCGACAAUAAGGAUUAUUACUGUGUCCCCUGUUACGAGAGCAAGUUUGCCCCUCGCUGCACCCGUUGCAAAAAGACCCUCACCAAGGGAGGGGUGACUUACCGGGAUGAGCCGUGGCACAAGGAGUGUUUCGUCUGCACGGGCUGCAAGACCCCCCUGGCCGGGCAGCAGUUCACCUCCCAGGACGACAACCCCUACUGCAUCAAGUGCUUUGGGAACCUCUACGCCAAGAAGUGCAGCGCCUGCACGAAGCCCAUCACAGGCUUUGGUGGUGGGAAAUACGUCUCCUUUGAGGACCGUCACUGGCACCACAACUGCUUCAACUGCGCCCGCUGCAACACCUCUCUGGUUGGGAAAGGCUUCAUCCCCGACAACGAUGAGAUCCUGUGCCGUGACUGCAGCAGCGAUCUAUGAGCCUCCGAGGACACCGCGGGGCAGGGGCUUUCUCUAUUCUUCAGGGUCUUUGUGCCAGACGCCCCAGCGACCUGUCAGGGGCAGGGCACAAGGCACAGGAGAUGGGGGCUGAGCCCAAACCACGGUGUGUUCGGGGGGGGUUCCUGCACCCCUCUCUGAAGGCUAGAGUACGCUACGCUAUGGCUCUGUGCGGAGUCAAAGCCAAAUAAAGUUGAGAAAGGA